CGUUUGAGUCCGCUCGACAUCUCAUUGGAAGGUAAACUAAAUACGUUCAGCGCCAUCGUUUCACUACAACUCACGAAGUUUUUGACUUCUCGCGAAUCUAGCCGUUGACAAUGUCGGCCGGCUUUAACAGGGGACCUUCAUAUGGGUUUUCAGCGGAAGUGAAAAAUAAGAUUGCCCAGAAGUAUGACCAUCAGAAGGAGGAGGAGCUCAGGGUGUGGAUAGAGGAUGUGACCGGCUGCUCUAUCGGGCCAGACUUCCAGAAGGGUCUAAAGAAUGGCGUCACACUCUGUCAGCUGAUAAACAAACUUCAGCCAGGCUCUGUGAAAAAGAUCAACCAGUCUUCCAUGAACUGGCAUCAGCUGGAGAACCUGACUACCUUCACCAAAGCCAUCACCAUGUACGGCCUGAGGCCUCAUGAUAUAUUUGAGGCAAAUGAUCUGUUUGAGAGCGGCAACAUGACGCAGGUCCAGACUACACUGUUGGCGCUCGCUAGCAUGGCAAAGACCAAGGGCUGCCAGCCCCGGGUGGACAUCGGCAUCAAGUACGCCGACAAGCAGGAGCGGGCCUUCGACGAGGAGAAGAUGAAGGCGGGCCAGUGCGUCAUCGGCCUGCAGAUGGGAACCAACAAGUUAGCCAGCCAGGCGGGCAUGAACGCAUACGGCACCAGGAGACACCUGUACGACCACAAGUCCCAGACCCUGGCCCCCAUGGACAGCUCUACCAUCAGCCUGCAGAUGGGCACCAACAAGGGAGCCAGCCAGGCCGGCAUGACCGCCCCGGGUACGAGGCGCGCCAUCUACGACCAGAAGCUGGGAACAGACAAGUGCGACAACACCACCACGUCCCUGCAGAUGGGCUCCAACCAGGGCGCCAGUCAGAAGGGCCAGAACUUCGGCCUGGGACGGCAGAUCUAUGACGCCAAGUACUGCCCGGCGGGCGGCGAGGCGGCGGAGGGCGAGGAGAUGGCCGGCAGCGCCAGGGAGUACAUCCCCGAUUACCAGGACGAAGGCUACCAGGGUUACCAGGAGGAGGAGCCGCGGGUGUACCCCGACGAUGGGACCGACUAUUAGGAAGGGAGAGGGGAAAGACGUCCAAAGGAGGGAGGGGUUUGCUUGAAACAUUCCAAAUAUAGAAGCUCAAUGCAUUCAACUUCUCAUAGGUUGUUUUUAAACUCUGUGGUCAUUAAUUAUGUUGGUAAAAAAAACUGCCUCCCAUUGCUACAAUCAUCCCAACGAGCUGUAUUGUUGUAUUGUUUUAAUUUAUAGUUUUUUAAGGCCAUUGUCUUUUUGAGGGAAUUCCCGCUGGGAAUGCCAAUGUUCCUAGUUAAUUUUAUUUUUUAUAAAACUAGGGAUUGUAUAGUGAGCCAAAGACGCAGAUCCUAUAUUUUAAUCAAAAUACUUUACACUCCAGAAACCUGACAUUACGGGGUUACAUUUUUUAGUAGUCAAAUCAGGAAAUCUCUUAGACCAAAGAUCAAAACUGGCUGACUAUUGUACUAUUUGUGGCAGCAAAAACAUAAUAAUGUGAAUGUUACAACCGGUUCCAUUUGUUCAGUAUUUGUCAGUUUAUAUGACCCAUGACUUUUUUCUACUGGUUAAAUCCGAUGGGGAAACAAAAAACUGUGUUGUGGGAACAAAACCAUGGACUGUGACAUUCUGUCUUCACUCUCAGUUUAGUUUGUAUUUUUUUGUUUUUUUUUAUUAAGGAAAUAUUUUCCCUGUUUGUAUAACCAGUACAACUGUAGCCCAGCUUGUUUUCUUUGGAAUAAAGACAUUUUGUCGGUUGGAAGGGCAGGCCUUAAAGUACUCAAUGAGGGUUUUUAACAUUCCAAGCAAGAAUACUGGAUUCUAUGUGAACUAUGCGUUAGUGGCAUAAGGACCAAGCAUAUCAUUAUAUUACUAUGAGCAUACAAUGUAAUAAUUUAUGCCUAUUUCUUACCUGGACUGUAAACAUAAUUUGAUACUAUAAAUAGUAUAAAUGUGCUCAAGAUCCGUUUUUUUAGAUGAUACCUGAUGCCUUUUUGAGAUACAGUAUAUGCUUUUGACAAUAAAGUGUUCUAAAAAACGAA